GCCGCGGAACGAGCAACUGGUGUCUCUAACUACCUAAUUCUGCGUGAGAUGGAAGGAACGGAGGCGCCAACCAUGGAAGGAACGGAGGUACCAACGAUGGCAGAGCCCGAGGCGCCAGAGGUGAAGUUCACGCCCGUCGACUACACACUCUUCAUCCUCAUGCUGGUGGCGUCCAUGGGCAUCGGGGUCGUCAGCGCCCUCAGGAGCCGCGGGAAAGCCUCCACGCAGGAGUACCUGUUGGGGGGCAGGACCAUGUCGCCCGUGCCAGUAGCGCUCUCUCUCCUCGGGGGAUGGAUAUCUGCGAUAUCUAUCUUAGGUAACCCCACUGAGAUAUAUUUCUUCGGCACCCAAAUUGCCACAUCUUUGCUGGGGUGCAUCCCAGGCUGUAUCUUCGUGCAUCAAGUCGUUCUACCCACAUUCGACCGCCUGAAGCUCGUCUCCAUCAACGAGUAUAUACAGGUGAGGUUCAGGUCUCGGUUAUUGCGGACACUUACAGCGUUAUGUAUACUCCUCACUUACCUGAUCUACAUGGGCAUGUGUCUGUAUGCACCAACUCUGGCCCUGUCUACUGUCACCGGCCUCGCCACCUGGGCCUCCACCCUCAUCAUGGGUGUGAUAUGCACCUUCUACAUCACAAUUGGAGGUGUAAAAGCCGUGGUGUACACAGAUGUACUCCAGACUCUGCUGAUGUUUGGUGGGGUGUUGGUGGUGGUGAUCAUCUGUUGUGUUGACCUGGGUGGCGUUGGCAACGUGUGGACCAUCGCUGAGCAGGGCGGCCGAAUUAGUUUCUUCGAUCUGAACACCAGCCCGUAUGAGCGCCACACGUUCCUCUCCACUGUAGUGUUUGGCUUCUACCUUAUGCUGGGCGACGUUGGCUUCAACCAGAGCGUGUACCAGAGAUUCGCCUCCGUCCGGACCCUGCGAACAGCACAAAGAUAUAUUUACUUCUUGUGCAGAUUGGUGGUGUUCUUCCUGGUGGGGUUGUACCUGCUGUGGAUAGUUUUCUACUUCUCUGGUCUCGUCGCCUUCGCCACCUACAGCGACUGUGAUCCACUCACCGCUGGCAAGAUAGAGAAACCCGACCAGAUCGUCCCGUUCUUGGUGACCGACAAGCUGAGUCACCUGACGGGGAUGUCUGGUAUCUUUGUCGCUGCCGUCUACGGCGGUGUCCUAAGUACACUGUCGUCGUGCGGGAACUCCUUCGCGUGUAUAAUCUGGGAGGACUUCCUGAAGGAUCGUCCCUACUUCCGGCGCCUCAGUGAUGCCAAGGCCACCAACGUCGUCAAGUUCUUGUCUGCAGCAUCUGGAGUAGCAGCCAUAUGCAUGGGCCUCGCGGUGGGGAAACUGGGCAGCAUCUACCACGUCGCAAGCGCCAUUAUUUCUGCUGUCGCGGGGCCUAUGAACGGCAUCUAUAUAGCUGGAAUCUGUGCACCCUGGGUUAACGCGAAGGGUGCUAUCGUGGGACUGGUCCUUUCCUUUCUUCUCAGUGUGUGGGUGGUUAUCGGGAAGUUUGUGAGGGGCGGAGGGUCGCCGCCUCUCCUGCCCCUGUCCACCGAGGGCUGCCAGGAGGGUCUUCAGCACCUCGCCAACACCACCGUCACCACCUUCCUCGCCAACACCACUCUCACUGACACUCUGAUGGCUAAAAAUGCAGUUGCUGACGCUUUCUUAGCUAACACAACACUGGUCGAAAGGUCAUCAAGCAAGACCAUCUACGAGAUUUCAUAUUGUUUUACUGGUGUUGUAAGCAUCGCUGUGACGCUUUUGGUUAGCACCUUUGUGUCUUUGUGUACUGGUCCGUCGGGCCCUGAUGAGGUGGACGGGGCAGUGAACCCAGCCUGUGGGAGAGUCUACAAGCGUCUGUGGGAUUAUCUAAGAUCCCGCCGCGCCCACAACCACCAGAUAGUUAUCCAUGAGGAAGAGCUCAAGAUGUUGGCCAUAUCAAAAUCUCGUACCUUCAAAGUCCCCCCUCCUAGUUAACGUCGGUAGAUUCAAGAAAGUAGGACUUUCUUUGAUCCCAAAUAUAGUCUGAAUAUUUACAAGGAAUAUAUAUAUUCUAUAUAUAUUCAGCGAAAGGGUGUGCUCCACUUCUUAGAGUAUAUAUAUAUAUAUAUUGCGUUUACUUAAGCGCUGGAUUAUAUAUGCUAACUGGUCAGUAAGCACUUGUGGAAGCCUAAUUGCUCUCCGAAGAUCGAUAGGCAUUAAGCCCAACACCAAACCCACUAAUAUUUACCUGAGCAAAAUAAGUAACUCUUUCAAUAUAAACCACCAAAUAAAUACAGUGGUAAUCACGUCUUGCGUGUACCCCUAGAUCCAAGGGAUUGUAUUGAUAACUUUUCUUAUGAUUAAAGAAUGUGUCUUAAUAUGUGUAUUUAAGUUCAGCGAUUUAUUUUUUACCGUUUAGUAUAGAGUCAAUCGCUACCACUAUGAAUUUAAAUUUUGUUCAUGCCUUAUUUCAUCUUGACUGAUGGCAUCGUAUGUGAUUAGCGUCUUACGUAGCUUCUAUAAUGUUGUUAUAGAUUAAGCUACCCGGAACAAAAAGUUCUAGAUAGCGCAGGCUAUGGCGAGCCCGUAUUGGACUUUGCUGCUACUAUAAACUAAUUCUUUGUUUAAAAUUGAAAACAUAUCUUAAAAUAUACCGCACUGCUGAUUUUAGUAAUAUUUGUGCUGUACUAUAAUAUUUGUAAUGUUCUUUUAUGAUUUCUGUGCAUAAAGAUUGAAGCCAUAUUUUGCUAUAUUAUUUGAAACGGGCGGAAAUGUUCACAUCAGCAUUAACUCAAAUGUUCAAAGCCGAUUUCCAGUCAGAAAAUUUGUCAAAUGCUCUUGUGGUACGUAUAUUGUUAUAAAUCAUUCUGUAUGAUGAAUAUUCAUUUGCAAUUAUCUUCAUGUUGCAACACAUACGAUGACUGACGUCACUAAUGUGUAAUCAAAGCGACCAACAACACCACUAAUGUGUAAUCAAAGCGACCAACAACACCACUAACGUGUAAUCAAAGCGACCAACAACACCACUAAUGUGUAAUCAAAGCGACCAACAACACCACUAAUGUGUAAUCAAAGCGACCAACAACACCACUAACGUGUAAUCAAAGCGACCAACAACACCACUAACGUGUAAUCAAAGCGACCAACAACACCACUAAUGUGUAAUCAAAGCGACCAACAACACUACUAAUGUGUAAUCAAAGCGACCAACAACACCACUAAUGUGUAAUCAAAGCGACCAACAACACCACUAAUGUGUAAUCAAAGCGACCAACAACACUACUAAUGUGUAAUCAAAGCGACCAACAACACCACUAAUGUGUAAUCAAAGCGACCAACAACACCACUAAUGUGUAAUCAAAGCGACCAACAACACCACUAAUGUGUAAUCAAAGCGACCAACAACACCACUAAUGUGUAAUCAAAGCGACCAACAACACCACUAAUGUGUAAUCAAAGCGACCAACAACACCACUAACGUGUAAUCAAAGCGACCACCAGCACAAACGUGAGUAUCUCAUUUAAAUUUAAACUUUGCCCCAAGGGGCGAGUUUAUUGGGCAGCGCCACUCAUCCUGUGAGUGGACAUACCGCCAUAGCAGCAUGUACAACACUCCCCAAUAGAAAGAAAACCCGCUGGGUUGUUCAUCCUGUCACAGAGUAUCUCAUGUUCAAUCUUGAUUUUUCACUUAAAUUUAUAUUUGUAAAAAAGUUAACAUUCCAGAAUUAAUACUGGUAAAUUAUUGCAUCUCAAUCUUUAAAUUAAAUAUCGGCUGGGACACCAACUUAUAAACUCUUAAGACAAAAUUAUAUAUAGCAAAUUAAAUAUUACCUGUAUAAAGCUAUUAAUUAAAGAACACACAUUGUAAGGUAGUGAUUUAUUUACAUAUAUUUCGUUCACAGAGCAUUGACUUCGUGGAGAGAUUUAUAAUAUAAAAGUUUAUUUAGAUACAUUUUUGUUGACAUGGCAUAGACUUUGCUUGUUGCAUGAGUGUCUGUUAGAUUGAAAUCACGUGCACAAACUGCGAUGAAAGCAUUUGAAAGUCCCGCCAAGGUGCAGCUUGUGUGCGCCUGCGCGUACGAGGCGUAUUAUCCUUGUAAGAGCUAGGUUCCUUCUAAAAUCAAGGAAGAGCAUUGUCAAAAUUAUAUUUUUAAGUACAUUCUAUAACUAAAAACAAUUAUUAGAAAUCAGUGUUAAAUGCCGGAAUCCAGUACAGAAUCCUACAAACUGUUAUAAGGAUGAUUGAUAAAAUAUCUUGAAUCUCAAUAACAUUGGAACGGUUGGCGGAAACACGGAGACGUCGUAGAUGGUCGCGUUAUUAAACCUAUAUGUACGGACCCUCCGUCCAUCUUACGGACUGCCUGUCUGCUUCAAACUUAUGCUUAGGUAUCUGUGUUUGACAAGUAAUGUGCUAGUUGUCAGAUAGCAGAGAAAGAAGUAGAUGUUGGGAGAUCAUUUAGGUGAUGCACAUUCUAAAGCCGGCCAUGUUAGAGCCUGGCAUUCGGUAGAAUGACAAAUGCUUAUAAACGUGGAGCCAGGCGAUUAUUUUAGAUAACUGAAUCUUAUUAAACCAUGUAAUCUGAUGAGAAUUAUAUUUUAUUUGUACUGAUUAAGUGUCGUAACCUUUGCUACUGUGAGGUCUAUUCUACUAGGUAAGAUUGUUCAUUAUUCAACGAGAUGGAGUUUAUUCAACAUAUAUAUGUUGGAAUAUUUGUUCCACAGACGGGAGAUGUAUAAUUCAUUUUGUCAGGGGAUAAAAUGUAAAACUGGCCCACCCCAGGAUGCUAGGGAGGGUCAUGCUAUCUAUCUCCUUGGUACGAAUUUCAAGAAAAUAACAUAUGUUACCUCAGAUUAAACUCGCUCAUCUUGAGUGAUAUCAAAAUCCUCUUGUUUGUUAUCAAAAUCAACUUCAGGUUAAAGCAGCGGCCGUCUCUCAAGACGCAUUAAUCAGUUUGUACGUGUUGUGCAUUAAAAAUAAGUUUGUCUUCGUGUAUAAAUUAUUAUUAUAUAUUAAAGCUUUAUGUAUAGUUAGGUG